AUGGUGGAGAAGUCUUUAGUGGCCGCUCUUCAUCUUGCGUUGGCGUCCGCUUUUUGGCUUUUGCGUCCAAGCUUGGUGGUUUCCUCCCGCGGCAUCUGCCCCAGGUGUCCGGCCGAUCCAGAAUUUCUGCACAAAAUUCGGCUGCAGAUCAUGUGGUUGAAACGACCGACUCGAGAUUUGUACAAAUCCUACCGGACUCGUAUGGACCUGCAGGAUGAUCUGCGCAAGUUUUGCGAGGUGCCCGUCGCUUGGCUGCCCGGUCGAAAUAUCACAAAGGAACCGGAGAGGCUCCUGUUGCAAGAACUCUACGCGGCUGUGGUCCGUAUGAUGGGGGCUCUGAAGGCCUUGGAAAGCCAGCUCGCGGAUGAAGAGAACCCGUCGUCCCGCCAGCUGGCAACCGUUUCCCUCUGGCUCACCGGCCUCCUUUCCAACAUCCAGUGUGCCCUGUGCCAGAGCGGCCUUCGUCCGGUCCCCGUCAUGCCUACCGAAAAGAGCCAAGACUCUUCGUCCUUUGCUCGAAAGAUAGAAGGUUGCCAGGUCCUUUGGAAUCUCUCCAGGUUCAUCCGGGGUUUAGCUAAAGCUUUCCAAAAAAAGAGCGUGAAAGGCCAAAGACCGGAGAGGCAGAAAAAGAAGAAAGGGAAAAAAACACACCGCUCCUUUUUGAAUGAGUCCUCGGUAGCGAUGCUGUAGAGAGCCCCAACUUUUUUGCGUGGGGGGGGGGGACCGGUUCCGUGGAGAGAGGUUUUUUUCCAUGGACAGGUGGUGGGGUGGUGGCGGCUCUGGUUCCAUGUGAUGCCUGGAUCAAGGAGAGAUUCAACCUGGAAAUAAGGAGGAAUUUUCUGACAGUGAGAACCACCCACCCAUUGAACAGAGAAGUUGCCUUCGGAAGUUGUGGGAGCUUCAUCCCUGGAGGCUUUCAAGAAGAGACCGGACUGCCAUUGGUCAGAAGUGGUGUAGGGUCUCCUGCUUGGGUGGCGGGGGUUGGACUAGAUGACCUGCAAGGUCCCUUCCAGCACUGUUAAUCUGAAUCUAUCUAAGAUGAUCAAAGGCCUGGAGACUAAAACAUACAAUGAACGGUUGCAGGAACUGGGCCUGACUAGUCUAGUGGACCAGGGGAGACAGGAUAGCCAUCUUCCAAUAUUUGAGGGGCUGCCACAGAGAGGAGGAAGGGGGUCAAGCUAUUUUCCAAAGCACCUGAAGGCCGGACAAGGAAUAACGGAUGGAAACUGAGCAAGGAGAGAUUCAACCUAGAAUUGAGGAGGAAUUUUCUGACAGUGAGAACAAUCAAUCCGUGGAAGAGAAGUUGUGGGAGCUUCAUCACUGGAAGCUUUCAAGAAGAGACUGGACUGCCAUCUGUCAGAAAUGGUGUAGGGUCUCCUGCUUGGGUGGGGGGUUGGACUAGAUGACCCAUAAGGUCCCUUCCAGCUCUGUUAAUCUUGAAUCUGGAUCCUGUAGACGGGGCUUUGACUGAUUUCCAAGGUUAUCUCAGGGUGGCAGAAAAAUGGUUUUCAGUAGGAACCUCACCGGUUUUCCCCCAGUGAUUCAGUAAUGAAUGAUCCUGCCUGAGUAAACCUCUUGACGCUACAGAACUCACAAUGAUCCACAGCUAGUCGUUCCCGACUCUAGGGGGCGCUGCUCAUCUCCGUUUCAAAGCCAGAAGAGCCAGCGCUGUCCGAAGAUGUCUCCGUGGUCAUGUGGCCGGCAUGUCUCAACGCCAAAGGCGCACGGAACGCUGUUCUCUUCCCACCAAAGGUGGUCCUUAUUUUUCUACUUGCAUUUUUUUUUUACCUGCUUUCGAACUGCUAGGUUGGCAGAAGCUGGGACAAGUCACGGGAGCUCACUCCGUUAUGCGGCGCUAGGGAUUCAAACUGCUGAACUGCCGACCUUUCGAUCGACAAGCUCAGCGUCUUAGCCGCUGAGCCACCGUGUCCUUGCCUCCCUCCAUUACCUCCCUCCAUCGCUGGGGUGGGAAAAUCCUACCCACCUCACGGUUCUCAUUCAAUUUGGUUAAGAGAAUUAUCUGUUUCAAAAAAAAAAAAAUAUUUAAGGGAGAUCGUGUUUUUUACAGUAGGAGUGGUGCGGUGGCCUACGAAGUGGAGCUGUCGCCUCACAAUCAGGAGGGCUGUGAGUUCGAUCCUAGGUAGAGGCAGAUAUUUCUCUCUCUGGGCACCCUGAGAUUAUAUGUGCUGAACAAAACUCCGUACUGGCAACAGGAAAGGCAUCCGGCCAGGAAACACUAGCUCCGUUCAGUUUGCCCAGACUCCACCCCGCAAGGGAUUAUGGGGUCAUUAAAGGAAGAUGAUGUGUUUUUAGAAUGGGCGUUAAGGUUGCACUUAAGGGUUGCACGCAACGGGGUAGUUGAAUUUACCCAUUUUUGGUGGGUUCGGACAAUAAAAGGGACUCUCCAUGAACGAAACAGGCUGCGUACUGUACGAACAAGCCGAGUUACUAAAUGCAAACUAAGAUUAACACUAAUCAUGCAGUUUGUGUUGUGCAAACAUACUUGAGCUGGUUAAAUACCCUGCCUGCAUGAAGUUGCUGCAGGGGAUGUGAUGUGUGAAGUUUGUUCUUUGUUGUCAAUGCUCUCUUUUGUAGCUUGUAGCCUUCCUGUCACCCUACAAAAUAGACCAGAUGCCAAAAAAAAAAAAAAAGAAUCAUAGAAAAGCUAUACAGGUAGUUCUCAAUGUACAACAGUUCAUUGAGCGACCGUUCCAAGUUACGACGAGACUGUAAAAUGUGUCUUAUGACCCUUUUCACCCUUACGACCUUUGUAGCGUUCCUGCGGUCGCCGAAUCACAACUCAAGAUUCUUGACGUCCGACUCAUAUUUAUGACGGUUGGACUAGAUGACCUCCAAAGUCCCUUCCAACUCGACCGUUACUGUUACAAACUCUCACGGCUCAGGAUAAAUCCCUUCUUUGAAAACGCUCCGAGAAAUCUGGAAAAAUUAAGGAGAGGCGUCCUUCCUGUUCCGCAGCCCACAAAUCGGGUGGGUCAUUUCAAAAGUCCAUUCGUACCCGUCUGUUUUCUGAGACAUGUAAAUAAUACGAUUUCAUUAUUUAUUGAACUUCACAGAUUCUCGUGCCCAAAAGCCUAUUUAAAAUGUUGCAAUUGGUAUUUAUAUGAAGGAUGUUUGUGUUUUGUUGGGAUUCUUUGUGUGUGUGUGUGGGUGGGGGGGUGUUGUUUAAUUUUUUGUUAUCUGGGGCUGCUUUAGCUCUGAGAUAAUUUUAUCCGGCAUAUUUAUGAAUUUGGCAGAACAAACUGGUGCGUGAAAAUGUUAUGCUCAUUAGAACUGGGUCUUCCUGGCUGGGAAGAACCUCAUUUUUAUGCAAAAUAAAAAUAAUAAUAAUAAAAAAGAAAUUGUAUCCCGUUUCCGAUUAACUAAUACAAUGAUUGUCCUUUGGAUAUUUUCAUAAACACACUUUGUAUGAUGUGUGU